UUCUACAUUCGGAUCAGGAAUUAUAAUCAUGUUCUCUAAAUUGGUAGCUCUGUGCGCAUUCGCAGCGGUGGCAUCAGCUGGGCUAGUGCCCGCUGGAGUGCACUACUCCCCAGCUGCAGCCGUUUCCUCCCAGAACAUCGUCCGCCACGACCAGCCCCAGGCCUACGCCGCUCCUGUCGCCAAGCUUGCCGUCGCCGCUCCCCCUGUGUACCACGCUGCCCCCGCUUCCGUGUAUCACGCCGCGCCCGCUGCCGUGUACCAAGCCGCUCCCGCCCAAGUGUACCACUCUGCCCCCGCCCCCGUCGCCUACCACGCCGCUCCCGUGCACUACGCCGCCCCCGUCGCUAAGGUCCUUGCUCAACCCGAGGAGUUCGCUCACCCCAAAUAUGACUUCUCCUACGCCGUGUCCGACCCCCACACUGGUGAUGACAAGCAACAGCAAGAGAGCCGCGACGGCGAUGUUGUGAAGGGCUCCUACUCGUUCCAUGAAGCCGAUGGCUCUAUCAGGACCGUGGAGUACACCGCUGACGACCACAACGGCUUCAACGCGGUCGUGCACAACAGCGCUCCCACCGCCGCCCCCGUCGUCUACAAGCAAGCUGUCGCUCCCGUAGUCUACAAGCAAGCUGUCGCUCCCGUAGUCUACAAGCAAGCUGUCGCUCCCGUAGUCUACAAGCAAGCAGUCGCUCCCGUAGUCUACAAGCAAGCGGCUGCUCCCGUCUACACCCAAGCCGCUCCCGUCUACGCGCACGCCGCUCCCGCUCAUCAAUACUUGGUAGCUCUGUGCGCAUUCGCAGCGGUGGCCUCAGCUGGGCUAGUGCCCGCUGGAGUGCACUACUCCUCAGCUGCGGCCGUCUCCUCCCAGAACAUCGUCCGCCACGACCAGCCCCAGGCCUACGCCGCUCCCGCUGUGUACCACGCCGCGCCCGCUGCCGUGUACCAAGCCACUCCCGCCCAAGUGUACCACGCUGCCCCCACCCCCGUCGCCUACCACGCCGCUCCCGUGCACUACGCCGCCCCCGUCGCUAAGGUCCUCGCUCAACCGGAGGAGUUUGCUCACCCCAAAUACGACUUCUCCUACGCCGUGUCCGACCCCCACACCGGUGAUGACAAGCAACAGCAGGAGAGCCGCGACGGCGAUGUCGUGAAGGGCUCCUACUCGUUCCACGAAGCCGAUGGCUCCAUCAGGACUGUGGAGUACUCCGCUGACGACCACAACGGCUUCAACGCGGUCGUACACAACAGCGCUCCCACCGCCGCCCCCGUCGUCUAUAAGCAGGCUGUUGCUCCAGUCGUCUACAAGCAAGCUGUCGCUCCCGUCUACGCGCACGCCACUCCCGCUCACCAAUACUACCACUAAAUGAUGCAUUG